CGGCAGCGGCGCAGCCAGAGCCUAGGUCGGCCCCGGGGCCGGUAGCAGGAAGGAGAGGUGUCCCGACCGCUUGGCAGUACCUCCCCUCGGCCUUUCCCCACAUCCACUUCCCUGGGGCUGUCGGCCCCUCUGGCUCGGCUUCAGCUAAAGCGACCGCCGGUCUCGAGACGAGGGACUGCACCGUCCUCCUCUCCCAGCAAGGGGGCUCCAGAGACUGCCCAGCCAGGAAGUCUGGCUGCCUGGGCAUUCGGCAAGAGGAUUGUGCUGGGACCUUGGGAAGUGGUGAGGUUCUCUAGAAGGCAGGACAGCCCUUUGGUAAUGCCCAGGGCUCCAGGAAGAGAUGUCCUUGUGGCUGGAGUCCCCAGUGCCUGAUGUUUCUCCUGACUCUGUGGUGGAGCUCUGGGAGUCGGAUGUGCAAGAUGCAAGCAGCCAGAUGCUGGGAGGCAGCAACUGCAUCCUCAGGGAGGAAACCAGAACACCCCAACCCACCCGGGGUACUUCAGGAGUGGGGCUGGAAGCAGCAGAACCCGCAGCCCGGCUCCCCAGGGCAAAGCCCUCUCCAGAGUCCACAGAGCUCCGUCCACCAAAACGGAAAAAGGGACCAGCUCCCAAAAUGCUGGGCAACGAGCUAUGCAGUGUGUGUGGGGACAAGGCCUCGGGCUUCCACUACAAUGUGCUGAGCUGUGAGGGCUGCAAGGGAUUCUUCCGUCGCAGUGUCAUCAAGGGGGCGCGCUACGUCUGUCACAGCGGUGGCCACUGCCCCAUGGACACCUAUAUGCGUCGCAAGUGCCAGGAGUGUCGGCUUCGCAAAUGCCGUCAGGCUGGCAUGCGAGAGGAGUGUGUCCUAUCAGAAGAACAGAUCCGCCUGAAGAAACUGAAGCGGCAAGAGGAGGAGCAGGCUCAGACCACAUCCGUGUCACCUAGGGCUUCCUCACCUACCCAGGUCCUGCCCCAGCUCAGCCCUGAACAACUGGGCAUGAUUGAGAAGCUGGUUGCUGCCCAGCAGCAGUGCAAUAGACGUUCCUUCUCUGAUCGGCUUCGAGUCACGCCUUGGCCCAUGGCACCAGAUCCCCAGAGCCGGGAGGCCCGUCAGCAGCGCUUUGCCCACUUCACUGAGCUGGCCAUCGUCUCUGUGCAGGAAAUUGUUGACUUUGCCAAGCAGCUGCCUGGCUUCCUACAGCUCAGCCGGGAGGACCAGAUUGCCCUGCUGAAGACCUCUGCCAUUGAGGUGAUGCUUCUGGAGACAUCUCGGAGGUACAACCCUGGGAGUGAGAGUAUCACCUUCCUCAAGGACUUCAGUUAUAACCGGGAAGACUUUGCCAAAGCAGGGCUGCAGGUGGAGUUCAUCAACCCCAUCUUCGAAUUCUCCAGGGCCAUGAAUGAGCUGCAACUCAAUGAUGCCGAGUUUGCUUUGCUUAUUGCCAUCAGCAUCUUCUCUGCAGACCGGCCCAACGUGCAGGACCAGCUCCAGGUAGAGAGGCUGCAACACACAUAUGUGGAGGCCCUGCAUGCCUACGUCUCCAUCCACCACCCCCAUGACCGACUAAUGUUUCCACGGAUGCUAAUGAAACUGGUGAGCCUCCGGACACUGAGCAGCGUCCACUCAGAGCAAGUGUUUGCACUGCGCCUGCAGGACAAAAAGCUUCCCCCGCUGCUCUCUGAGAUCUGGGAUGUGCACGAAUGACUGUUCUUCCCCCAUACCUUCUGUUUUCUGGGUCUGACUGUCUGAGGCCCAGUGACCACCUCUUAGAGGUGGAGCUGACUGAGAAGGGCAAACAUUCCCAAGGGGUGGAGGGGAGUCAGGGGAGGUCCUCAUGGGGCACUAAAAGAGCGUCAAAGGGUUGGGAGUUCUGUGGCUGCUGGGCAGUUGGGAUCCUGCUAAAGCUGUGCUCCAUCUGAAGAUCACACUGACUCAGCCAAAUGGAUGAACCUGGGGGGCCACAUUGCACAAGGUUCUCCAGGGCCCAGCCCAUCCUGCCUCCACCACUUCCUGUUUUCCCCACAGGGCCCCAAGAGAAAUUCUCCACUGUCACUCUGUGGCUUGGCCAUAAAUGCCUCAGGGCUGCUUCACUGAUAGGUCUGGCAUCAUUUGAACAGGAAAACCAAAAUGAAUGCAGAAUGAGAGAAAGCAAUUUCUGGAUUGGGGCUGGGGGCAUGGGAGAAGAGAAAGAAGCCUCCGUCUCUCUUAGGACCCACCUCCAGAACCAGAGAAGGGAGUUAGUCACAAGUGACAGCCCUGGCAAUGAGAAGGACCUCCUUUUACUAGCCCUAUUGCAUCAUAUAGGGUCGCUAUGAGUCGGAAUUGACUUGAGGGCAACGGGUUUGGCUUUUUUUUUUACUUGCACAUAUGGGUAAAUGAAUUGCUGAUGUUUA